GCUCCAAACGGGAAACGGGAAAGUGGCCACCAAACGCGCCCGGAAUGGCCCGUUGCCUGUGGAUUUAUCGAACAAACAGCGCCUAGUGGUCGCACGCGAGUGAAUGCUUGAUGCUCGUCCGCCGUGUCUCUAAGCCGACGUGUGAAAAAGUGAAAACAAACGCCACCAUGGCACGGUUUCAAGUGUUUCGCCCCCGUCGUAGGUUUUAGGCCACUUCUUCCCCACCAAAGAAAGCAAUAAGCACACCAACCCGUGCGCGUAUCGAAAUCUUCCAUCGCACGGCCUACUGCCACGGGUCAAGGUCGGCCAAACAACCUUCCCGCCACCCAUUGCAGGAGCAAUGGAUCGCGUGAAGCUGUGCGAUCAGAUACUGCUGCAAAAGCUUACUUUGCUUAGUAAUGCUGCGCUCAGGACGAACCGGGGAAUUACGGAGCGCGAGCUGGAGGAAGCGUUCAAAAAGUCGAUUGGGUUCCGGGCGCCCCGCUUCUUUCCACCGACCGAUGGGACGCUACCGAUCGUCUACAGCGCGCUGUUCGUAGUGGCCCUGUUCGUCGUGACUCCCUUUUUGGCCGGAUUUCUCGAGCUAGCCCUCGGUAUGCGCUGCAUCGUGCCAAACAACUAUCUGAUCUGGGAAGCGACGCGCCCAGUCUCGAACUGCGACUUUUGUCGUGGCGUCGAUCGGCCAAUCAUACUGCCGAAUUUGACGCGCGACGAGUUCCAACCGUACGCGUACUCCUCGCGGCCCAUCAUCAUCAAGCGAGCCGUUUCGCAUUGGCCAGCGGUGCGGCUGCUGAACUUUACCUUCCUGAAGGACCUGUACCUGCGGCACCCGGCCGCACUCGACAGUCUGCACGAGGAUUGUCAAUUCUUGCACUUCAAAUCUAACUUCCAAACACUGCGCGACGUGUUCCGGAUGUCGGACGAUCGGGCCGAGUUUCGUGCCGGCCAGCAACCGUGGUACGUCGGGUGGAGCAACUGCAACCCGGCGGUACUGCGGGAACUACGAAGGCUCUACCCAAAGCCACACUUCCUGCCGGACGAUGCCGAAAUGCCGAACACGGACUUUGUGUUUCUCGGCUACGAGCAGGGUGCCGUGAUGCACAUUGACUACAUCCCACGGUUAAUGUGGCAGGCGCAACUGCGGGGCAACAAAAGCUGGAUCCUGGCCCCGACGCCCGAGUGUGAUGCGGUUUGCCGCAGUUUUAGCUUCUACGUGGAACCCGGCGAUGCGUUGCUGGUCGAUACGCGCCUCUGGUACCACGGGACGUUCAUCCACUCGAAGGGAGAGUUCUCGCUCACGAUACAGUCGGAGUACGGUUAGAUGAUGCUCUAGUCCCAGCUGCAAGCUGCAUUUCCCGGGGACACGCCAAUCCGUGAUGCCAAUCGUGUGCAGCAAGCGCAGUCGAUCCCCCGGCCGUACGAUACACUCCCGGUGUGCCCUCGGCGCAUCAGGGAGCUAGUGUCCGCGAGCACACGCGUGGUUAUUAUUAUUUCGUUGUUUGUUAAGUAACUCCUCAAUCGCGAGACGCGGUGUAUUUCUAUUCAAUGUUUGAUCGUGUUUUUAAAUUCCUCCCUUAGUGCCAUGGACCAUUCAGUUAUUAUUUAUGUUUUAUUACUGUACAGUGUGUAAUUCCGUUAAUUUGUGUGCUUUUUUCGUGUUCCAAUCCCCAUUUUUAUGCCCAGUGUGAAUGCAACGAGUGUUUCCUUUUUCAAGAACCUUUACAUUUGCUUUACGUUUCACGAACGCUGCUCUUCGGUUGUUCUGCUCUU